AGCUCCAACAGUCAUCCAGAUUGACUUCCCUUGAAGAGGAAAUUUCGACUUUAAAGAACCAGUUGAAACUGGAACAAGAAAAUGUAUCCUCUUAUAGGGACACUACAGAGGAACAAGCACAACAGCUAGAUAAUUUACAAGAAAAGGUUUCCCAGCUUGAAUCAUCUGUCAGUGAAAAGAAUCAAUUAUUGGAGAAAGCAGAUAAGGAAAUUCAGGAUAGAGUUGAAGAAUUAGAGUCCCGAAAAGCUGAGUUGUUAAAACUACAAGAAAAGUUAGCUUCAGAGUCUAAGCUGUGUGAAGAAUUGAAACAUGAAAUUUUAAUAAAAGACAAGGAAGUAAAAGAAUUUUUGGAUUCUCUUGAUAGUGAUACUGAUUGUUUAGACAAUGUUAAAACUUAUGUAGAUAGUUUAGUGUGUUGUAAACAAGAGUUAGAAGUCAAAUGUGAUAAGCAAGGGUCUGAACUGGAAAAUUUCAGUACAGAGGUUAAUGAACUAAAGUUGAAAAUUGAUUCACUAAUGACUGAAAAAUCACAUUUGGAAAAUACAGUGAGAGAAACUGAACUGCAAGUAAAACAACAGGCAAGAGAAAUUGAAAUGUUACAAGAAGGUCAAUCAACAAAGGGAGAAGAGUUUGAAUCAAAAACUCAGUCCUUACUUAGUCAAUUAAAAGAACUUGAAAACGUUUACUCAGAACUGUUGGCCGAAAAAGAAUCUUGUGACCAAACUAUAAAAUCUCUGCAUGAGGAAAUUGAAAAGAUAAUAAGUGAAAAAGAUAAGAUUAUUGAAGACUUACAAACCAAUGGUGAUACUAUUAAACAGCAAAUGGAAGACAGUAAUAAAAAUUAUGAAGAUUUGAUUAAGACUUUUAAAGAAGAGAAAGAAGUAUUAAUGGAGAGCAAUUGUGAAAUUAAUUUGGUGCUUGAAACUGAGAGAACAGAAUACACUGCCAAGCUUGAAAGUCUUAAUCAGUCUUUGAAGUCAGAAAAAGAACAUAAACUUUUGCUAGAAGAAAGGGAGCAUUCUUUGCAAGGUCAGUUGAAUUCUGUUGAAAAUCAAUUAGCUGAAAAGAGUUCAGAAUUAGAUGCAGCAAGACUAAGUGAAGAUGCCUUAAACCAAAAGUGUUCACAUAAACAUUCCAUAAUUAAUGAACUACAGGAAAAUGUAGAUACACUUAACCAAAGUCUUUCAUGUUGUCAGGAGGAAUUAACUGAUCUUAAACAAAAGAUAGCAGAUUUCGAGAAUCAAAACAAGACUUUAAUUUUGGAUAAAGAUGGUUUGAUUGAAGAAAACACAAAAAUGAAAGCAGAGAAAGAAGAGGUUAUCAAAGGAAAAGAAAAACUAUUAGAUCAGAAAAGUGAAGAAUGUGAAAAAAUUAAGAGUGAAUUAGAGGUAUUAAACAGUAAGUGUAAAGAAUUUGAGGGCAAAGUUUUGAAUUUGAACUCAGAGCUGGAUUUAUUAAGACAGGAAAGAGAUGCUUUUCAUGGUAAUGCAUCUGAAAAAGACAGUGCCAUAGAAAAAAUGACAAAGGACCUUCAGUUGGUAAAUGAGAAAACAGUGGAAUUAGAGCAGACAAUAGAAUCAUUAGAGAAAGAAAGAGGUGAUUUGGAAGAAAAAUAUGAAAAACUAUCUUGUUCAUUUGAUAGCCUAACUGAGGAAAAAGCAGCAUUGGUGACUGAAAGAACUCAAUUUCUAGAAAAAUGUGAAAUUCUUACCAAAUCAGUUGAAGAGAUAAAUUCAGAGAAUGAAGACCUUUUAAAAACAAGAACAGAUUUAAGCGAAAAAGUUAAUGAUCUAGAUAAUAAACUGACUGAACAGACAUUUGAAAAUGAACAGUUGAUAAAGGAUCAUGUUAGUGAGAUAAAUGAAUUGCGUGCUGAACAUGACAAACAGUUGGAUUUACUGAGGCAAGAAGUCGAGUCGGUGAGGGUGGAAGAACAAACCAGAUAUCAGAUUAUUUCAGCAGAAUUGGAGGUGUUGAGGGAUGAAAACAGCAGUCUGAUCUCAAAGGUUGCCAUGGAAAAAGCAGAUUCCAAAGUUAAAAGUUUAACACUCAAAGUUCAAGGUCUAGAAGAAGACAUAGGUAAACAGUGUGAAGAAAUAAAAAGGAUGUUAACUGAAAAAGAAAAUAUUGUAAAAGAAUAUGAAGAUGUAAGCCAGUCUUUGCAUGCUAAAAUUACACUAGAGCAUGAACACAAUCAGAAAUUAGAGCAUGAAAUAGAAACAAAACGUUCAGAAGUACAAACAUUAACAAGUGAUAAAAGAGAGCUUGAGAAAGACAUUAGUAAUAUGAAAGCCAAAAUUGAAUCAUUAGAAAGCCAAAUUCUUGACCGAGCAAAUGAGAUUAACAAUCUUACACCUAAAAUUGAUGAACUGUCCACAAAUUUAGCUGAAGAACAAAGAAGAAACAGUAUUCUCUCAGAUGAAAAUCAGGGUAUUCAAGAGAAAUAUGCUAAAAAAUGUGAACAUUUCAAUGAUCUUUGUACAGAAAAAGAGGAGAUUCUGUCUCAGAUAAGUUUGUGCCAAAAUGAAUUAGAAAAGUCAAAGGUUGACAAUAGUUGUCUCAGAGACAAAGUCAGUAUAUUGGAAGCUGAAACCAAAGAUUUACAGUCAGUAUUAGAAGAGGUUAAAGUAGAAAAUGCUUCUCUAUGUACAAAAUGGACAUCAGUGAAAAGUGAUUUAGAUAGAAAGGAAUUAGAAAUUGCAGAACUUGAAUCUAGUCAAGAAUUAUAUAGAUCUCAGGUAGAAGCAUCAUCAGAAAAACUUGAAUCACAAGUAAACAGUUAUGAAGAAAGGGUGUCAGAAUUAAACAGACAACUUGAAAUGAAGGAAAAGGAUAUUCAAGAGAACUGGUGUAAAAGAGUGGAAUGUUUUGAAGGUGAGGUAAGGCAGCUUUCAGCAGAUUUGAACGAGCAAAAGGUUCUCUUUGCUGAAAACAAUAGAACAAACAUUUGCAAAAUAGAAGAACUUGAAAAAGAAUGUGAAGAUUGCAAUACACAACUUCAAAAAAUCAGACAAGAAAACCAAGAUCUGAAAAUAAACAUUGAAGAAUUGAAAAAAGAAUCAGAUUCCAAGACACAAACGUUAGACGCAGAUGUUACUGAAAAAUCUAAAAUAUUAGAAACACUGAAAGCUGAACAUAUUAACAUAUCUGAAAUAUUGGAAAAGUUAAAAUCAGAUAAUCAUUCUUUGCAAAUACAAUGUGAAACAUUGGAGAGUGAUGUAGAAACAAAAAAAUCUGAAAUUAAAGAACUUCAGUCUAGUCAUGAAUUAUUAAGAUCUCAAUCUAAAAAGUCCUGUGAAACACUUGAAUCACAAUUAAGUAACUAUCGGGAUAGCAUUUCAGAACUAAACAGGCAACUUGAUAUGAAAGAAAUGGAAAUACAAGAACACUGGUUGAAAAAGGUGGAAAGAUUUGAAAAUGAAGUUAAAGAGCUAACCACAGAAUUAAACAAUCAAAAGGUUAAAUACAUAGAAAAUGAUGAAAGGAAAUGUUGCCAAAUAAUGGAAUUUGAAAAGGUUUGUGAAGAGAACAACUUACAGCUUCAAACAUUAAGACAAGGGAACAAAGAUCUUCAAAAAGACAUUGAAGAAAUUACAAAGGAAUCACAUUCCCUGAAACACUCAUUGGAAGCAAAUAUUAUUGAAAAAUGUGAACUUCUAGAAAAGUUUAAAAUGGAAAACAGUUCUUUACAUUCAAAAUGUGUAACAAUGACAAGUGAUUUAAAUGCAAAGGAAUCUGAAAUUGCAGAACUUAACUCUUGUCAUGACAUGUAUAGAUCAGAGUCUGAAAAAUCUUUUGAGAAACUUGAGUCACAGAUGAAUUACCACAAGGAAACAAUUUCUGAACUAAAAUGUCAGCUUGAAAAAAAGGAUAAGGAGAAUUUGGUUUUGCUUGCAAAUCUUGAUCAGAUUAAAAUCCAGUCUGACAAUCUGAAACAUAGAUUAGAAACAGAUGUAACUGAAAAAUGUGAAAUUCUAGAGAAGCUUAAAGAGGAAAAUGAUUCCUUAUUUUCAAAUUUUGAAGCAUUGAAGAGUGAGAAAGAUGCUAAGGAAAUAGAAAUGGCAGAACUUAAAUCUAGUCAUGAAUUAUGUAGAUCUCAGCUAGAAAUAACAUCUGAAAAAUUGGAAUCUCAAAUUGUAAAACAUAAGGAGAGCAUAUUAGAAAUAAACAAAAAGCUUGAAUCGAAGGAUAGCGAAAUUCAAGAGCACUGGAUGAAAAAGGUAGAAAGUUGUGAAGAUGAAAUAAAGCUUUUAACCACAGAAUUAAAUGAACUAAAGGUUCAAUACACUGAAAAUGAUGAAAGGAAAAAUUGCCGUAUAGAAGAACUUGAAAACAAUUGUGAGGAUAACAACAUACAGCUUCAAAACUUAAGACAAGAGAACCAGAGUCUGCAAACAAAAUUUGAAGAAUUUGAGAAGGAAUCAAACUCAGCAAAAGACUUACUGAAAGCAGAAAUUCUUGAAAAAUCUGAACAAGUGAAUGUUCUUAAAUCUGAAAAUGAUUCUCUGAAGCAAAACUUUGAUGAUAAAAUGAAAGAAUCUGACUCCAAUCUGCACAAUAUUGUUGAAAAUCUUAAUAUUGAAAUUAAUAAAGCAAAGUCUUUCUCAAAUGAGCUCAGUGAUCAGUUAUCUGAAAAGGAAGCUAUGAUUUCUGAACUUGCUAAAGAAAACGAACAGGCUAAAUAUUUACAUAGGCAGAUAGUGGAGGACCUUACUAUACAGAAUAGCAAUAGUGAAAAAGAAAUAAGUAGAAUUCAGACUUGUUUAGACAGUGCAGAAAAUGAACUCUUAAAAGAAAAGGAGUCAAAGGACGAACUGGAAAGGCAGUUGAAUUUUAAAGAAUCAUUUAUUAAAGACCAGCAAAAAGACAUAUUGACUAUGAAAGAUAAAAUCAGACAUUUAGAAGAUCAGGAACUUUUGAAUGAAUCCCAAUUUUGUGAAAUGAGAGAUUGUCUCUGUAAAUCUUAUGAAAGCUUUUGGUCAGUAGAAUCCGCAUUGCGAAUGGCACUGAGUCAAAAUCAUGAAUCUGAAGCAAAACUCAAAGAUACUUUGAAUUGUCAUGAGGCUAUACAAACAGAAUUACAGAAGAUAAUAAAUGACAAGAAUUGUGAGAUACAAGAUGCUAGUGAUAAAAUAUUGAAAUUGAAUGAAGAAUGUGAAGAGAGCAAAAUUGGUCAUGAAAAGGUCACAGAGAUGUUGAGUCAAACAAUAAAAGAAUUUGAAAAUAAAACAGAGUUAUUAACAAAAACUGUGAAUGAACAAUCCAGUGAAAUUCAGUUGAAAGCAGAAAUGUUACAAGAAUUAGUAGAGUCAAAUGACAACUUGAAAUCAAACAUUGCAGAAUUAACAAAACUGAAUGAAGGACUUGUGAAGGAUAAUCGUAUAGUUGAGGAAAAUUUGUUGAUGAAAACAAAGGUUUUUGAAUUGUUAUCGUUAGAUAUAGAAAGAAAGGGAGAUGAAGUACUUGAGUUACAGGAAAAGUUGCAAGAGGGGCAAACUCUCAAUGAGACAUUAAAUUUGCAAAAUUGUGAAAGACAAAGCAUAAUAUCGGAACUGCAGGUACAGAUGGAACUUAUUUGUAGUUCAAAUGAUAAAUUGGAAGAGGAAUGUUUCUCUAUUACCUCAACAAGCAAAAGAUUCCAAAUGAAAUGCCAUAAUCUUACCAAAGAAAAUGUAAGAAUUCAAAACCAGAUGGAAAACUUGCAAUGUGAAAUUUUUCAACUCAAAACUGAAGCCAAAAAGUUGAUAGAAGAAAAAGAAAAUUCAAUUCAGAAAGAAGAGGACUUAAGAAAUCAAAUAGAAAAUGAAGAAAGGAUACAAGAUAACUUACGUAAGAAAUUAGAAAUAUUCAAGAAAGAGCAUGAUGAUAUCUUGCUUGAGAAAGCUAAUCUAAUUGCCGAAUUAAAGACACACAAGGAAUUCUUACAUGAAACACAACAGAUUUUAUCAUCUGAGCAGUCUCAAACUGUCGAUUUGAAACAUAAAAAUGAGGAGUUGCUUAAACAAUUAUUAGAAUCAGAUGACAUCUCAAAGUCAUUAACACAGAAAAAUACACAAAUGGAAAAUAUUCUUGAUUCUUUGCAAGAUACACUUGGUGAAAGGGAAUAUGAACUAUCAAAAGUACAAGAUGAUCUCAAAGAGAAACAGAAAGUUAUUGAAAUGUUAACUAAAAGAGAAGAAAAUUUGAAAGUAGCUUCUCAUAAAUUAGAGGAACAAAAUGAAAUUCUGAAAAGUGAUAUCAUGGAAAAAAAUGAUUUACUGUCUAAGCAGUUACAAGAAUUGAGCGUUAUUAAGUCUGAAUUGAAUACUCUGAAAGUCACAUCACAUGACUUGGUUGAAAACUUGGAACAAAAAGAUAAGAUAUUAGCAAAGGAAGCAAGUGCAAAGGCAGCAUUAGAAGAGAAAGUAAAAAAUGAUGAGGAGAAAUUUGUUGAAGUUCUUAAAGAAAACAAGCAGUUACAUCAAGAUAGAGAUGAAAGGAUUGCUGAAAAUAAGUGUCUUAUGAAAGAAAUACAAGGUGCAGAAAAAGAGAUCAGUGACUGGAAGGAGGCUGUAGAAGAUAUUUCCGGAGAAAAAGAUGAGUUGAAACAGAGAAUGCUUAUUGCAGAUAAUGUUAUAGAGGAUUUAGAAACAAAAGUACAAUCUCUUAAUGAUGAACUUGUAAGAGUAAAGGAUUAUCUAGGUAAAAAUGAGGAGUGUGUGCAUGUUCUUCAGCUAGAUAUAGAAAACUUAGCCACAGAUAAACUUCAUUUAGAAACAUUAUCAAAGGAGCAAGCUGUUAAAAUUGAAAAACUAAUUGCAGAAAAUGAACAGUUGAAAAAUGACAAUACAGAAAUAAAAGAAAACUUCCUGAUGAUACAGGAAGAGAAAUCUUCAUCACUGACAGCAAACGAAGAGAUGCAAAAUGUCCUAGAAUUAAAAAACAAUAUAAUUGAUGAACUUCAAGACGAGAAAGAAAGAAAUACAAAGAUGUUAAAGGAUCACGAAGCAAAAGAAAAAGAUUUGGAAAGUGACAUUGAAAACAAGAACAGAGAAAUUGAAAAUCUAAAAGCUUUUGAAUUAGAAAAUCGUGAAAAAUUGGAGAACUUUGAAAUGCAGCUAGAAAGUAUAACUGAUAUAAGAAAAAGUCUUGAAAAUGAUUUAUCACAAAAAAGUGAUUCUUUAGAUAAGAUAUCAAAUGAGAAACAAACUUUAAUUCUGAGAGUAAAUGAACUUGAGGGAGAAUUGAAUUCAAAAUUGCAAGAAUUGAAUUUAAGUGAAAAACAGAAGGAAGAAUAUGGAGAGAAAAUUGAAGAAUUAGAAAAUGUAUCACAUCAGCAAUUAGAGACUAUAAAUGACCUUCAAGAUACAUCAGAUAUUGCAAAUAAAGAAUUGAAGCAAAAUACCGAGCAAUUACUUGCUGUUAGAAGUAAAGUUGAAAAUCUAGAAGCUGUAAAGAAAAAAAUAGAGUCUGAAAAUGAAAAUCUGAAAUGCCAAAUUGAUAAACUUAGGAAAAGUUUGUUAUCAAAAGAUGAGGAAAUUGAUAGAAAUGAAUAUGAAAAAAGCAAUGCAAUCAUUGAAUUUGAAAAGCUCAACAUAACAAUCAACAAGCAACAGCAGGUAAUGUCAGAAAAAGAUAAUGAAAUCAGUAAUCUGACAAAUAACAUACAAGAAUUAGAAGCAAAUUUAUCAAAAAUAAAAGAAGAAAGGGAUCUUAAGAUGGAAAUAUUAAAUGAAAAUAUCACUGAUCUUGUUACUCAAAUGGAUAAGAGCAAUGCGCAAAAAGAUGAAAUGCAAACAGUUUUAGAUGAUGCCACUUCAAACUUAGAGAAUACAGAAGCAGCUAGGAAUGAACUGGAACACAAAUUGAAGUUUUGUGAAGAUUGUUUGAAAGAGAAAGAAAAGGCGUUUGCAGUUUUAGAAGACAAGUAUACUAUGAUUCAACACGAACAUGAUGAAUUAUUGAUGUCAGCAACUGACCAAGAAAAGUCAUGUAUAGAUAAAAAUUCUCAGAUUGAAAAACUUACUGUUGAAAAGCAAGAUUUGCUUUUGAAAUUGUCAGAAGAUGAAAAGAAAUUUAGCCUCAAGGAAUCAGAAAUAUCAAUACUGUGUGAUGAUAAAUCAGUUUUAGAGGAAAAAGCUAAACAUAUGGGGGAAACAAUAUCUGACUUGGAAAAUAAAACAGAUAAAUUGCAACAAGCCUUAAAUGAUGCUGAAGAAGCUAAAGAAAAAAUAGAUUCUGAAGCCAAAGCAGUGAAAAAUGAUUUAAACAAAUUGAAUGCUACACUAGGUGAAAGAACGAAAGAGUUAUUAACAGCAAACAACGACAUUGAUGUACUCAAAACUUCUACAGAAAAACUACAAGAGGAUUUAUAUGACAAAAAUAACCAGAUUUUUGUGAUGGAGCAAGCAAUAUCUGAUCUAGCUGAUGCGAACCUAUCAUUAGGAAGUGAAUUUGCCAAACUGCAAUAUGUUAAAAGUAAAAAAGAACGGCUCAUUGACAGGUAUGAAGAAAGAAUAGAUGAAGCAGCAACAAAAGAAUUAGAUUUGAAAGCAAUCAUAGAUGACUACUCAAAGCAAAUUGAAGCUUUACAAAUAGAAAAUGAAAAUAUGGCUUCUAAGAAUGAAAAAAUUGUUGUUGAAAUAAGUGACUUUAAAGAAAUGCUAUGUAAUGAAAGAGAUGCACAUUCUGAAACCAAGACAGCUAUGGAUAAUUUGUACUUGCAAACAAGUGACAGGGAGGUCAGUUUUAAUACUCAGAUUCAAAUUCUUUUGGAAGAAAUUCAACAAAUGGUCAUAAAGAUCGAAAGUGUAAAUGCUGAAAAUUGUAAAUAUGCUCAACAAGUUAUGUCACUUCAGAAAGAUGUUGCAAGAGGUAUACAUGAAAAUGAAGCCCUAAGAAUACAGAAAGAUGACAUUGAAAGACAGUUGUUAGAACAAUAUCAGUGGGUCUCUGAAAUAAGGAGCCAAUGUGAGAGUAAAGAUAAGCUGUUAAUGGAGAAAGACAAGAAAAUAGUUGAUCUGGAUAAAAGAAAUAUAAUGAUGAACAGUGAGUCCCAUAAUCUACAAGAUCAAUAUAAGAAAACAUUAAAUGAGCUGGAAGAAUUGAACAAAGAAUUAGAAAAGUUGAAAUCAGAAAAUGAUUUGGAAAAGGAUAUUUUGAGGGAGGAGAAAAUUUCAUUACAAGAAAAAGUAAGCAUGGUAGAAAAUGAAACACAUCAGUCUUUCGAACAUAUGAAUUUAUGUAUGUCUGAAAGAAAUGAGGAGAUUAAUACUUUAACAAAAGAAAACUAUAAUUUAAAGGUUCAGCUGAAAAAUGCAGAAGUGAAAUCUCUUGCUGUAAUUGUAGGACUAGAAACAGAGAAGGACUCACUGACAGCUCAACUUGAUGAAAUGACCGAGAAAUAUGAAGAAGAAAUCAGCUAUUUGAAAAAUGAAAUUAAAUGUACAGUUCUUGAAAACAGCACAUUAAAAGAAGUUGAAACAAAACUUAAUGCAAGUCUUUGUGAAUCAUCAGUUCAAGGGGAAAAUGUUGAAGAAAAAAUUAAGAUGUUAACACAGAAAGUUUUGAGUAGUGGUGAAGAAGUAGCUGAAAUGGGCAAGACUUUAAAAGAUGCUGAAUCUCAAAUUGUUUUACUGAAUAAAGAAAUUAACAUGUUGCAAAGUAGAAUUAAAGAACAAGAUGAAGAAAUUGGAGAACAGAAAGAUGAAAUAGAUGAACUGAAUAAUAUAAAUGAUAAACUGAACAGUGUUUUAGAGGUUGCACAGAGUGAUAGAAAAACUUUUGAAAAGAAAUUAAGUGAUGCAAAUAUGAAAGCAGAAAAAAUGUCAAUUUAUAGUUUAGAUUGUGAGGAAAGAAUAGAAUCAAUUCUGAACAAGUCAAAAGAAUUAUCAGAGAAACUUGAACAGAAAGAUACAGAGGUAACAAGGUUGUUGGUUUGUAUAGAUGAACAAAAAGCAGAGUUUGAUAAAAUUCAAACAUUUUUUGAAAUGAAAGAGAAUGAAAAUGAUGUUCUAAGUAAUGAAUUGACAUAUUUGAGAGAUGAACAAUUAUCAGAAAAGGCUGUCUUAUCACAUAUGAUGCUUGAAUUUGGCAAUCUUAAAAACAGAUUUACCAGUUUAAUUGACAGUUUAAUUCAAAAAGAUGAAGUAAUUACAAAUUUGAAUAUAAGCUUAGAAUUAUUAGAAAAUUCAGAAGAGGAUUUAAGAAACAGAGUAACGCAGAAAGAAUAUGAAAUAGAAAAGAUGAAACAAGAAUUGAUGAGGUUAAAGGAAGACAUCUCUGAAAAAGAGUCGGAAAAUAGUAAUUUAAGAGAAAAACUGAAAACUACUGAUGAUUCACAGAAUGCUAUGUUGCAGGAACAAACUGAAUGUACUUUAAAAUUGGAGUCAGAAGUCAGAAAGUUGACAGAAAAUUUAGCCACUGUAGAGAAAGAGUUAGAACAAAGUCACGAGAAGGCAACGAAAUACGCUUUCAAAGAAGAUGAAUUUUCACGAAGUAUUGAAGACAAAGAUAUUCAAAUUGAAUAUCUUAUGCAAAGUUCUAAUUGUAUGCAAGAAACUAUUGAAAGAAAAGAUAAAGAAAUUGAGGAAUUGAAAACAAUUAUAAAAAAUCAUGAAAACUUAGUAAAUGAGUUAGAAAAUAAUUUAGAGCAAAAUAGAUGUGAAAUAGCUGAAACCAAUGAACAUUUAGAAAAGCACAACUUGACCCGCAACAAAGAAAAUACUGAGAAAUUAUCAUUGGAGAAACAGUUAAGAGAAGCAAAUGAAAAAAAUAAACAUUCUGAGGAAGAAUUGAGAGAAAAGGAGGUAGAAAUAUCCAGUUUUGAAGACAAAGUUACUGUGUUAAAUGAUGAAAUUGAUUCAUUAGCAAAUGAUAAUAAUGAUUUAAAAAGCCAAUGCCAAAUUCUUCAAGACACUGUUGAACAAGAAAUAGAAAAGGGAUUUUCAGAAAGUGCUGCUGUCCAGAAAGAGAGAAAACUCAUCAAAGAAUUAAGACAUGCAAUGGAAUUAUUUGAAAAGGAAGCAUUAGAUAAGCAGAAUACCCAAUUGGAGGAAGAGAAGGAAAGGAUGUCACUUCUUGAGACAAAAUUGGCAGAAGCGGAAAACAAAAUACGUGUAAGUGAAGAUCAACUUUCAAAUUUAACCAAAGAUAAAGAAUUAAUUUCCAGGAAAAAUGAAGAUAUAUUGGCAAAGUUAAGAAAUGCAACUGAACAGCUUGAUGACCUAAAUAAGACUAAAGAAUCUCUUGAAGACCUUAACCAGAAAAUGAAAUUAGAUCUGGAAGCUUUAAAGACCAACAUUACGUUUGAUAAACAGCUUGAGGAUGAAAAUACAAAUUUAAAGAUACAGUUAGAUGUUGUUUGUGAUCAAAUAAAGGAGGCAAAUGACAGUAAAGCAUCAUUAGAAGCAGCUCAUACAAAAAUUACAGGUUCUGUUGAAGUUUAUAUCAAAGAAAUAAAUAAACUGAAAUCUGAACUAGCUGAAUUUCAGUCAGAUAAAAAUUUAGUGCAGGAAGCAAAAGAACAAAUAGAGGAAAAACUGGAAAAAUUGCAAUAUGAAAAAGAUGAUAUUCAGAGAGCCUUAGAUGCAUCAAAUCUUGAAAAUAACAGAUUUGUCCAUGAAAUAAGUCAACUUAAAUCAAAACUUGAAGAAAUGUCUAAAUUAAUGGAAGAAAAGGAAAAGCAAGUGAAUGAUUAUGAGGUGAAAAUAAAGUCAACAGAGAAGACACUUGAGCUUUCUGAGGUAAGGGUAAGUGAGCUUGGUCUUUCAUUAGAGGAGAAAGAAAAUGAAGUUAAAAGACUGGAAACUUCAAUUGAAGACUUGACUUCUCAAAGUACUUGGUUAGAAAGUCAAAUGGAAAAGCUAUCAGAAAAUCUGAAAGGUGCAGAUGUAGGUAUGGAUUCAGAAACUUUUGAAGUACAUGUAGUUGAAAAAUCAGUUCAUUCUGAGGAUACCUUAGAACAAGAUAAUAGUUUUCCUGAAGAUAUUAAAAAUGAUUCUGAAUGUGAAGUUUUGUCUUUGAAAGAGGAACUUGUGGCAAAAGAUGUUAUUAUAGCAGACUUACAAAGCAGAUUGUGUGAAAUGUUUGAUAGUGGAGAAUCAGACUUUAAAGAUUACUGUGAUCAGCUAGAAGCAGAUAAAAAGCAAUUGCAACAAAAACUUACUUCAAAUCAAAAACUUUUGAAGAAAAAAGAAGCUAAAAUAUUAUCCUUGUUGAAAAAGAUUGAGGAAUUACAAAAGAGAUCUAAUAUUCCAAUGCCAUCAGACAUUAUUGAAUCCUCAACAAGUCAAACUCUUUCUGCAGUUGAAUGUCCAGACAGUAAAGACGAGACAGCACUAGAGUACUUACAACAUGUUGGAGAAAAUGCUAAUUUAACAGACUCAUUUAUAGAUCAGAUCAUUCCUAAAGAAACCUCUAGUCUGAAUUCCUCUUUUUCAUCAAUUUCUUCAGAGAAAGACACAAGUGUAGAUAUUCAAGAUUUAUCAGAGAAAGUAAAAGUUCUUACGGAGGAAAGGAAUAAAUUCAAAGCUGACAAUAAAAAGCUUUUGAAAAUUGGGAAGGGAAAAGAUGCAAAAUUAAAGAUAAUGAAUGAAAAUUUUGAGCAACUCAGAAAAGAACGUGAUGAUUUACUAGCUGAAAGAGAUACUUUAGAUAAUAAAGUGCAGGAUUUGAGUACUAAUUUCAUCAGUGACUUUAAUAAUUCGAACACUGUCCAGCUUGAAGUUCGUGUUAUAGAACUUGAAAGUCUCUGUCAGAGUAAAGAGAGGGAGAUUGAGCGACUCAACAACAUACUUCAGGAGAAAAGUGAAUCUCUUGCUGGAAAUAAGAGUGUGCUGGAGAUUAAUGUUUUAAGUAAGGAAAAUGAAAAACUAAAGGUGGAAGCAGCCAAACUUCAUAUGAUUGACAAAGGCAAAACAGCUAAAAUAAAUCAAAUUAGUCAUAGUUUUGAAGAAAUUAUUGAGCGAAAAAAUGCAGAAAUUGAAGAAAGGCUUUCAAAAAUCAAAGAAAUUGAAGAAUCAUUAGCUGAAGAGCAGAAUAUAGUUGAUAAAUUGAAAAAUGAAAAGGAAAAGCUUCAUGCAGAUUAUAUGAAAUUGCAAAAAGUAAAUAGAGGCAAAGAAGCCAAAUUAAAGAAAAUGGAAGAAAUACUUGUAGAAAAAGACAAUGCAAUCGCCAGUAAAGAUGAUGAAAACAAUAAUUUACAUCUUCAGUUAGAACAGCUUAAUAGGAUAAUAGAAACAUUAAAUGAAGAAGAAAAUAAAUUGAAAAAUGAAAUGUCUUCUGUAGAACAAAGUCUUCAACAAUGGGAGGAAAGAUAUGAAACAAUGAAGAAAAAAGUGCAAGAGUUAGAAGAAGUUAUUUCGCAAAAAGACAUGUCAAUUCAAGACCUGAAAGGUAAUGAAUCCCUUGUAAAGCAAUUAAUGGAAGAAAAAAUAAUUUUAGAGUUUGAAUUAGAUUGUGCUAAAGAUGAACUUAGUAAAGUUAAGAGCAGCUUUGAUGAAGAGGAAUUAAAAUUGAAAGGAAUAAGUGAAGAUGUUGAUAAUAUUGUUCAAGAAAAAGAAGCAAAAAUGCAUGAAGUCAGAAAGCUUAGUGAUAGUUUUCAACCGUCGGAUGAUACACCUGAUGGAAGUGGUGAUAAAGAAUCACAAAAGUCGUCAAUGUCAUCUGAUGAAAUGUUUAAAAAACUUGCAAAUCUUAGUCAUGAAAACAAAAAGCUAACACAGGAAAAGACCAAACUCCAGAAGUUGAGCAAAGGCAAGGAAGCCAAAUUAAAAAAGGUUGAAGAGUACAUUAAAGAGCAAGAGAAGGUUUUGUCGGAAAAAGACACUGAUAUUUUAAUACUGCAGGAAAAUGUCAAGGAGUUAGAGAGCAAAAUGGUAUUGCUAGAAGAUGUUGAGCAAGAUCUUCGAUUCAAGCUUGACAAUGCUAUUGCUGAUGUUGAUGAAUGGCGGGACCAUUGUCAUGACAUAGAAGAUAGACUUGAUGCAGCUGAUGAAGCCAUUGACAGGAAAAAUGAUGAUUUAGAUAGACUUGAAGAUAACCUUGCUGCAAGUAGAGAAGAAAUUGAGAAUCUAUGCAUUGAAAGAGAUGAAAUGGAAAGGCAAAGGGACAGUUUAAUGUUAGAACUUGAUAAGAUGAAAGCCACCCUUGAGGUUAAAGAAACUGAAAUUUCUCAUUUGAAGGAACAAUUACAAUCUGUUAUAACAGAAAAGGAAGAACACCGUGCAGAAAUAAAGAAAUUGCAUUUAGUUGGAAAAGGCAAAGAUGCUAAAAUCAAAAAGUUGGAAGCUACAUUUAGUUCACAUGAAAAUUUAAUAGAUGAUAAUGCUGCUCACGUUUCACAUUUACAAAGCCAGAUGCAAACUCUUAAUCAAAGUUUGGAAGACAGUGAAAGACAGAAGCAUGUUUUAGAUAAUGAGUUACAAUCAGAAAUGUUGUCUAAAAGAGAAAUAGAAGAACAUUGUGUACUCUUACAGCAGCAGUUAGAUAACCUUAAAUUACAAAUGCAGGAAAAGGACUUACAUUUUCAAACAUUAGAAGAGAGACUUAAAGAUGACGUGCAUAAAUUGGAAGAUGAUAUAUCUGAAUUACAUUCCUUGUCUCAAGGCAAAGAAGUCCAGUUAUCUAACAUAAGAAGUGAGAAAGAUGAGGUGAUUGACAAGCAGCAGACUGAAAAUUCGAAAUUAAAUGAAGAACUGAAUGAAUUAAGAUCAGUUGCUGAUAAAUUUAAGAAAGAUUUAACAGAAAGCAAUGAAAGCUUAAAUCAGAUCAGGGAAAUUUCUAUAGCAUGGGAGAAUAGGUGUAGAGAAUUUGAAACGGCUUAUGAAGCAAAUCAGAGUAUGCUGCAAGAGAAGGAAAAUGAAUCUCGGUACUUAAAAGCUGAAUUAGAAUCUCUCAGAGAUAAGAUUCUUAAUUUAGAGGAAACUUCAACAAAAGUUGAAUUGGAACAAGAAGCUAGAGAAAAACAAGCUUUUGAGACAGCAACACUGCUUGAGUCAUUACAAAGCUAUGAGACUGAGGUUUCUAGUAUGAAACAAUUACUUGCUGAGAAAGAUGAAGUAUGUCAAACACUUCAACAGAAAUGUCAAGCAUUUGAAAAACAAUUCAAAGAAAAUAUGAGCAUAAUACAAGACACAGAGGAAUCUUUAGCAUCUUUAAGAAAGAAAUAUGCAGAAGCACACCAAAAUAUUGAAGAACUUAAAACACAGUUAUCAGAUAAAGAGGGAGAACUUAAUAAUAUUUUGGAGAACUCAAAAUCCAGUGAGCAAGUUAAUGAAAAAUACAACUCAGAGUUGGCAAAAUUGCAUGAGAUGUGUAAAGAGAAAGAUAAUGAAAUAGCUGAAUUAUCAAAUAAACUCCAAGAAAAGAAUAAACAUGUUUCUGAAGUUGAAAAUAAUCGUGAUGACUUAAUAUCAUCAAGCAAUUCAGAGAUAGCCAAGUUGAAAGAAAUUUGCGAAGAGAGGGAAUCAGAAAUAAGCAACCUUAAAUUAACGCUUGAAGAAACAAUAGCAUCUAAUGCUUCAACAAUUGAGGCUUAUGAGAAGCAGUCAGAGCAGAUCAAUGCUCAGCUUGAACAACUUUACAAUGAAAAGAGUGUUUCAAAUCAGCAAUUGACUUGGUUUAACCAAUAUCAUAAUGAUACACAAUCAAGGUUACCUGUUCUAGAACAAGAAGUUUUAAAUUUACAGGCAGAAUUGAACAAAAAAGAAGAAAUCCUCUCUAACAAUCAACAGUGCUUGUCAGAAUUUGAAAGGAAUGUAUCAGAGGCUCAGCACAGAGAACAAAAUCUAUCAUCAGAAGUUGAAAAGUUACAAAAUAUUAUAGAAGAAAAGGACCUGAAAAUGAAACAGGUAACUGAUGAAAUAUCAGAUCUUACCUCUGCAAAAAAUGAUUUGUUCCAAGAAAUGACCAAAGCACAGGUGUUAGCGCAAGAGACUGAAAGCCAAAACCAAGAAAAAAUUCAGAAAAUGAAUGUACAAAUCAUAAAUCUAUCAGAGUUAAAUGAAGAGCUGAAGUCAACAAUUUCAUCGCUAGAAAAUGACAUACAGGAACUAAAAUCUCAAAGAGCAAAUGCAGAGCAGCCUAUUGCAGUUAAGGAAGCACCUUUCAUUGUUGAAGAAAUUGCUAGAACUGCUUGUCAGGUACAAGGUGCUGCUAUAAGUAACUUAAAUGCAACUGAAGCUGACAAUGUCCAAGCUGUUAAUGAAACAUCAAUUGAAUCACAGAUUUUACAGCCUUUCCCAGUUGAAGUAAUUGAGAAAGAUGUUACACUAUCACAGGAAAAGCUGCCAAAGGAAGUUGAUUUAUCUGCUGAAGUGAAAAAAUUAAAGAAAUUAUGUAAAGGAAAAGAUGCUAAGAUUAAGAAAUUAGAAGAAAGACUGCAAACAAAUCAAUCAGUGGAAGAAAUAGAAAAGGCAGAGAGUCAAAAUGUUGCAUUUAAUGUAAAAGUACAACAGUUAGAAACAACUUUGAUUGAAACUCAACAAGAUCGUGAAAGAUAUAUAUUAGAAGUUGAUGAGUUAAAGAACAGUUGCCAGAUGUUGAAAGAAGAACUAGAGAGUGCAAGGAACGUUCCAAUCUCUUUAGAAGAAUCUUACAGAAAUGAAGUUUCUGAACUCCGUGAACAUCUUCAAACUUUGCAGAACAAGCUUGUAGAUGGGAGAUCUGAAGUUGAACAGUUGAAUAAUGCACUAGUAAAUUACAAAUCAGCUUUUGAAAAUCUUAAAGAACAAGCUUUUGAUACAGAAGAAAAUUUAAAAUUAACAGUUCGAACAUUGCAAGAUGAAGUUAGUCACAUGCAAUAUACAAACUCUGAAUUAAGUGAAAAAUAUAAAGUGCUUCUUCAUCAAAACACAGAGUCGGAAAAUAUUAUGAAAGCAAAGGACGAAGAGUUGCAUAACAUUAAACAAAUAAUGAAAGAAAAAAUGAUAGAAGUUGAUGACUUAAAUAAGACAAAUGCAGUUCUUCAACAGUCAGGACAGGGAGCAGAAUCGGAAAAGCAAAGAUUUGAAGAAUUACUUAAGAAUGAGAAAGAAGAGAUCCAAUCAUUGUAUGAGCAAAUGAACCAACUUGUCUCAGAGAAACUUGAUCUAGAAAUGAAUCUUGAACAGAAAGAAAGAGACUUAAGAAAAGCUGCUGAUGAACUAAGACAAUUUGCGGCUGAUAGAGACAAAUUGGAUGAGAUUAUUGAAAGAAGUGAAUCAUUGCAAAUAGAAGUUGAUACAUAUAAAAGAGAUUUGACCGAGCUUCGUCAUAGACUGCAGCAAAAGGAAGAAUAUAGCCAUAAACUGGAAUUGGAGUCAAAUGAGCUUGAGCAGGAAAAGACCUACUUAAGAGAAGAACUAGAACAAACUAAAGACUCUGUAAGGUCAUUAGAUGAGUCUAUGAAAUCAAUUGAAGACAAAUUAGAAUCAAAUGAAGAUAAUGCUGAAAUAAUGGCAAGAGAACUGGAGUCUAAAAGGGAAGCUUGUACAAAACUUAAAGAUAUGUGUGAGGAGAAAGACCAAUUGAUAUCAUCUUUAAAAGAAACUGUAAAUAACAUGUCUGGUGAAGUUUCACAAUAUAAGAAACAGUGUACAAAUUUGCAAGAGGAGCUUUCAUUGUACAAGGAUCAGCUUCAUGCUCAGCAACAAGCCACAGAAGAAAUGUAUUCUGAAAGAUUUAAAGACUUUGAAAGACAAAUUUCAAUAUUAGAAGAAGAACGAGCUUCAUCAGUGAAAGUGUACACAGAGAAUAUUGCUUUGAAAGAUGAAGUCAUAAAUGAAAAGGUUAAUGAGAUAGAAGUGCUUAAUAAAACUAUUGCACAUUUACAAACUACAGAUCUGGAAAAACCAGUAAGUUUAGAGGUAAAUGAAAUGCUUACUGCUUCAUCAGCACCGAAGUUAGAACAAAGUAUGCCAGACUCUGUGGAAAUGGACAGUGAGACACCAGGAAAAGACACUGGUCAGAAAGCAGCUUAUGUCAAGGAAUUUGCUGUUCAGGAAGUUGAAAAAGGCACAGAAGAGUUAAAACCACUCCAGGAGGAAAUUAAUGCAUAUAAAACAACCAAUGCUGAAUUGACCAUGAAACUCUCAGAACUGGAACACGCCCUUGCAGAAGCUAAGCAUAAGUUAAGUCAGAAAGAUGAGAAGGUUGCCUUCUUGUUGGAGAACAUGCAAGAAAUGGAAGAGAGACUUACACAGCUCUCGUCAGAGGACCAAACUGCUGAAAGUGAUGAUAACUCAGGAAAACUGGCUCUUCAAGCAGAGAUUGAAGAACUGAAAAAGUCAGUUUCCGAAAAAGAAUUAAAGUUUACUAAAGCUUUGGCUACAGCAAAGAAGAUCAAAUUACAGUUGAAUCAAACCAGGUCUGAAUUAGAAAAAGUUAAAACUGAGAAAGAAACUCUCGAGAAGGAUUAUGCUGAAAGUAAGAACACUGCUGAUAGCAGAGAUAUUCAAAAUGAAGUUGCAAAAGAACAAUUGGUUGCUAAUGGGGAAACAGAACAGGUAAAGGAAUCCAAAGAGGAAGCAGAGAAAACUCUAAAGAUUAUCCAGGAUUUACAGUCUCAAUGCCAGACGUAUGCAGAAUUUUCUCAACAAUUGCAAGAACAGAUACAAAGUCUCACUGAAACACAGCACACAUCAGAGAAGACUGUAAAACAAAUGGAGGAUAACUUUGCUGAGCUUAAUAGAGAGAAAGAGUUAUUGAAGAAAAAUUUAAAGGAAAAAGAAGAGAUUCUUAGUCAAAUUGGACACGAAACAGAAGAGCUGAGACAGACAGUCAAGCACAGUAGCUCCAUGUUAGAAGAAAAAGGUCAGAUGAAUGAAUUAUUGCAAAAUGAAAUUAAAUCAAUUACAGAAUCAUUUAACAGUUACAGAAACUCGGUCACUGCUAACCCAAGUGAGGAAUUAACACAAAGGCUGUCAGAAACUGAAAGUCAUCUACGGGAAAGUAAAGACCAGAUGGAAAAGCUCAAUGUAGAGAUUCAGAAAAAGGACGGUGAAAUCAAUGAAAUGAGACAGCAGUUUGAUGAACUAUUGGAACAAAAUUCAUCAUAUGAAAACACAAUACAGAUGCUUCAAACAGAACUUAAAUCUAACAUAGAACUUAGAGAUCAGUACAAACAAAAUCUUGAAGAUAACGAAAAUCAGAAAGCAGAAAUUCUGAUAGAGAUACAGAGAAAAUACGAAGCUCUAGAAGCUGAAUAUGCAGAGCAGAAGAAAAUUUUAGCUAAGAUGGAUGAGGAGAUUAUUUCUAGAGAUAAUGAAUUAAAACAACAUAAAACUACUGCUGAAGAAAUAGAAGGUCUAAGAACAGUUCUGUCAGAGAAAGAUAACAAACUAGAUCAGUUAGCACAAAAUAUUCAAGAUUUGAAUGACUUAAAUCAAGACCAGGAAUUUAUGAACAAUAAAUUGGAAACAGAGCUAACCAGUCAGAAAGAAAUGACAGAACGUUUGAACACAGAUUUACUGACAAAACUGUCUGAAAUAGAAGAGUUUAGAGCAGCUGUAAAUACUCUUGAAAAAGAAAAAGAGGAAAGAACUGAAUUGUUUAAAUCAUUACAGAGUGAUCUACUGAAUUCAGCAACAGAAUUAGAUCAGUGUAAAUCAAUUUUAUCUCAAAGGGAAGAUGAAAUAUUGGAAUUGAAAAGACAUUCAUCAGAAUUUGAAGAUGCAGGUGAAAAACUUGCUUCAUUGACAGGGCAACUUCAAACUCUUGAAAACCAAGUCACCACUAAAGACAGUGAACUUCAGUCAAAGGAUAAUGAACUGAAAAAGUUAAAUGAAACAGUUACAGAAUUAAGAUCCGAUGUAACCCAACAUGAAAAUAUGCUUAGUGAGAGAAAUGAUGCUCUCUCUGAGAAUGUAAAGAUGCGAGAAAGUGUGGCAUCUUUGCUAGCUAAUGAAGCUAUUUUAAAAGGAUGUAUCGAAAUGAAAGAUAAUGAAAUUAAAGAUUUACAUACUGACAGAUCAGAGUUGCAGUUGAAAUAUUCAAAUCAAUGUGAGGAAUUAAAUCAAUUUAGAGAAGCUAUGUCAUCUAUUGAGAAAGAAUUAUCUGAUAAAAAUGAUAAACUUGAAGAAUUACAGUUAGAAAAAGAAAAUUGUAACAUGAAACAAACAGAGAAAAUGGAUUUACAGAGUGAGACAUCAGAAGAUGUUGCAUCUCUUCAGCUUCAAAAUGCACAACUCAUUCAAACAAAUCAGGAAUUGUUGUCACAGCUUGAAGAUAUUCAAGAAUCGUUUGAAAAUUUAAAACAAGAAAAGCAGAGUCUGUUUGAUGAUUUGAGUGAAUUGCAAGAUGAAAAUGAAUCUCUUAAACUGAAUUUUGAGAAGUAUGAAACAGAAAAGAAUGAGUCUGUGGCUACCAAUAAUGCUGAAAUUGAUGGAAAAUUAUCAGAGCUUUCUUUGACCUUGGUAAACUUACAGAAAGAAAAAGAUGAACUUAACCUGCAACUUGAGGCUCUAAAAUCUAUGAAUUCUGAAAUGCGAGAAAGUUUAUCUGCUGUUACAAAUGAAAUGACAGAUACCAAGAAUCUUUUUGAUGAAUUGAAAUCUGAACAUGACUUGGUUCAGAAUAAGUUUCAGAUCUUAAAUAUUGAUUAUAGUAAAUUGGCUGAAGAAAAUACCACUCUUGUUGAGCGCUUAAGAAUAUUGGAGAGUAUGGAUCAUAAUAGGACAGAUUUAAGAGAGCAUAGUGAUAAUGCCUGGGAAGAAGGUGUAACUGUUCGAGAAGAAAUCCAUAGGCAGUCUGCCUCAACACAAAGUUUACAGCCUAUUGCACAGGCUACACCAGUUCUUCCAGAUCAAGAGGCCAUGGUUUCAGAAUCAAUUGACAGUUUACAGGUUGCUCCAGAAGCACAGAACAUUGAUGUUGCUGGAUCACAGGUUGAUCAUCUAAAGAGAGAAAUAGAUGCUUUGCAGGCAAAGCUUCGUGAGGCUGAUCAGGAGAGAGAGAUAAAUAAACAGUCACAUGAUACAUUACAAGCCAAAUUCGAAAAACUACUAUCAAAAUUGAAAACAUUCAAAGAAAGAAAUGAUAAUCACCAAGCUGAAAUUGCUGAAUUAAAGCAACAAAGUUCGGCAAGUGAAAGAGCUUUGAAAUCUGAAAAUGAUCACCUUAAACACAAAUAUGAUAUUUUGCAAAAUCAGCUCGGUGAUUUUGAGAAAGAAAACAAUGAAAUGGUGGAAGCAAAUCAGCAGGUGCAAAUGUUGAAUCAGGGAUUGAAGAAAGAAAAAGAAAGUUUAGAAACAAAGUUACAGGAUUUACAAAACACUGUUGAUGAAGCAGCUAAAGAGAAAAUUAAGUUAUUGCAAGAUUGUCAAAAUAUAAAAAGUGAAACAGAUAAACAUAUAAGCAAACUGAAAAUGGAAAAUAUACAAGCACAGAAUAGAAACAUAGAGUUGCUGGAGGAAAUAGAUAGUUUACAAUCAUCAUUGGAUGAAGCUAAUGAUUCUAUUGAAAAUUUAACAUCAGAAAAGGAAGGACUGGAAGAGCAAAUUGAAAAUCUUGUUUCCCAGAUGUUUGGAGAUAAAACUAAAUCAACGGAACAAGAUCAUGUUGUGUCAGAUUUGAAACAAAAAUUUCAACAAUCUGAGUUACUUGUUGAAGAAAUUAAACACAGGGAAGAAAUUGCAGAACGUAAACUUGUUGAUUUUAAAGAGCAAUAUCAAAUGUUAGAAAAAGAUAAUGAGCACUUCCAGACUCUCGUUCAGAAAGCAACAAGCACCAAUAAUGAUCUAAAACAGGAAAACAUAAGACAGAAAAUGAAAAUAGAGAAACUAGAAAUUGAGAUGCAAGAAAGUCAAAACAGCUUGAAGAAAAUUCAAAAUUUGGAAAAGGAGAUUGCUGAAGCUGAAACAGAGAAGGGUUAUUUAGAGGAGGAAAUGGAUGGUCUGCGUGAAGAUAUGAUUCAAGCUAAGAAGGAAAUGACAGAUGCUGUUACAGAGAGAAAUAAAGUGAUAGAAAAUAUGAAUGCGUUGCAAUCUGAAUUUGAAUCACAGAAAAAUGAAAUUGAGAGUUUGAAAUGGAAAUUAGAUGAGAUGAGUGCAUUUGAAGAAGAAUUAGAGGCAUUGAGGAAAGAAAAGGAUGAAAAAGAGAAAGACUUUCAAAAUGAGUUACUGAAAACAAAGUCAUUUGUAGAUGAUCUUAAUGUUGAAAUACGAGAUAAGGAAAACACAAUUGAAAAAUUAGAAACAGAAAAUAAAUUAUUGAAUGAUGAACUUCAAACUGAAAAGAGGGAAAGAGAAAUCCUACAAAAGAAUCAUAAAGAUCUUGAGAAUGAAAUACUUAAAUCUAAAUCAAUAAUUGAUGAUUUAAAUACUGAAAUUAAACAAAUUAAAGAUAAUACAGUAGUGUUAGAAUCAAAAACUAAGAUGUUAGAUGAGGUAGACUCAAGGCUUCAGAAAUCUGUCUCAGAAAUACAAGAAAAAGAAUCUGUUAUGGAUGAUUUAAAGCAGCAAAUUGAUCUUCAACAGAAUGCUGCUAUUGAUAGGAUUAAUGUUUUACAAGAAAGUCUUAAAAAUGUGAAAUCUGAACUUGAGAGUACAAAAGUUGAUAAUGCUGCAUUAAAGAAGCAAGCUGACAAGAAUAAUAAACAACUACAAAAAUUUGAACUAUUAAAGGAAGAAUAUGAAUCUUUAAAUGAUGAAUACAACAAAGUUAUAACUGACAAUAGUGGUCUUGCCAAACAGAUUGAAGAACUCCAUUCCAAGUUGAAAGAAUAUUCAAUUAAAAACCAAGACCUAGAGGACCAUGAGAAAGACCAUCUACAGAAGUCUAAGAAUGUUUUAUCAAACCGGAUAGAACAGCUUGAGACAGAAUGUGCGAACUUGAGGCAUCAGUGUUCCGAGCUGACAGACAGUAAGACCAAUCUAGAACACUCCAUACAACAUAUACAGUUUGAAAGAGACUCAUUAAAAGCUCAUCAAGAUGCAUUAGGAGCUGAUAACCAGUCUGCACAUUUCCACAGUGACUACUCUAAGCUGCAACAACAGUUCUCUGCUGCAAUGCAACAGAAGAACAAGCUUCAGACAGAGUUGAACAUGGCGAGGAAAAGCUUGGCACAGAGAGAUGCAAGAUGUCAACAGUUGGCCUCACAGAUGAGUCAGUUGGCGGAGGAUAGAAGUUUCUUGAAUGUACAACUUGGUAACCUGUCUAAAUCAUUACGUGAAAAGGAGCAAGAAUUACCCUUUGUACAACAACAGUACAGGAAUCUAUACCAGUCAUACACUGCUUUACAAGCUAAGACUGCAGAGCUGGAGAAGAGAGUUAUUGUAGAUUUUAUCCAGAGAUCUCCUGCCCCUUCAUCUGGGUCAGUUACACCUGUAGAAGGUCAACCUUCAAGGUCACAUGAACUAAAGAAGAGAUUGGAAGCUACAGUAAAUGAGCAGCAGAAGUUGAAACAGACAAACGCUGAACUAGAGCAUAAAACUCGUCAGUUAGAACAAGUUCUAGAAAUAACAUUACAAGAUAGACUGGGGGAGGCUGAGUUACUGCAGCUAGAUAGAGGUGAGAAUGAGGAUCCUGUAGGCAGAGUGACAGAUUUACAACUUAUGAGGGAUGCUAACAGUAGCUAUCUUGGACGAUUACAAAGAUGGAUGAGUUUACAAACGGCAGGUCCACCUACCCAUGUUGAGAGACCUGUACAGUAAGAGAUAAUACACACUCAGACAGAGUAAUGUUUAACUACCUAGAGUCAACUGUCUGUAUCAAAUACAGAUUCACAGAGUCAACUGAUCUACAGUUGAUGACAUAAUGACAUCACACAUGUAUAUUCAUGAGGAGGUGGGAAUUCGCUUAAUUAAUUUGCAUAAUUAUACAUGGACAGAGUAUAUGCAUAUGUGAAAAUUAAGAACAUUUUGUUAUCUUAUGCAGACACAAUAUUUAUUGUGUUGAUAAAGCAGGUAUAACCUGUCACAAUUUUCGUGAUUGACACUGCUUAUGUCAGGAAAAAGGGAUAUAUUUAUUCAGUUAAUGUUAAUAGUUAUGGACUCUGAAUGAUACUUUUUUCAAAUACAUAAUAAUAAAGCUACACGUGCUUAAUAAGUUAGUAGUGGGGAGAAUUGUAAUUAUAUUAUAUUACAGUUCUUGCAUAAUAAUAACAAUAGGCAUAUCUGAUUGUCAUCUGCAGUACAAAUUAGGUGUGUUUAGGAUAUGAUUGAAACAAGACAAAAAUCUAUGCAAUAUGCUAUGUUAUUUUGUCUGAAUGGAAAAUUUGAUUAAAUUGUAAAUAUGGGGAAAGUUUAGGUAAAGAAUUUAUAUUAUUAUUGAUGAUUCAAUAGAUUGUUAAUGCCAUGAUAGAAAAGACAUUGAAAAUGGCGUGUAAAUAAUUGUGCCGAGUCACAACAAAACCAACAUAGUGCGUUUGGGAUCAGCAUGGAUCCAGACCAGCCUGCGCAUCCGCCCAGUGUGAUCAGGAUCCAUGCUGUUCGCUAUCAGUUUCUCUACUUUAAAAGAGUUGGUAAGCGAACAGCAUGGAUCCUGAUCAGACUGCGCGGAUGCGCAGGAUGGUCUGGAUCCAUGCUGGUCGCAAACGCACUAUGUUGGUUUUGUCGUGAUGCAGCUCAUAUACUUUUGUUAUGUGUUCAAAAUUUUAUUUGUUGUCUUGCAUGAAGCAUUUUGAAGUACAUGUACAUACCAAGUUUGCUGUAUUAUGGAGUUGUUUUUAUUGAUUUUAUAGAUCUUUCAUGGACAAGAUUGUUUUUUAUUUUGUUUUAUUUACAAUUGGCUUAUUUGGAGAAUUUAUGUUUUUGCAGGCAUUCCUCAUUUAAAAGCAGUAUCAUUUCAUUGAAACAAUGUUUGAUAUUGUUUAUGUGUAAAUUAUGUGUAAAAAUAUAUAAUAUAUUAAUUUAAAAGUAUUUUGGUUUGAAUAUUUUAUUUUUGAAGUCGUAAUUUGGAUUUAUGAUGUGGCCUCAAUGCUUUCACUAUUUAUUUUGUUGAUUCUUUCUUAAAUAAUCAUUGAGGUUUCUAUGGUAACAGAGUUGUUUUAUGUCUAACACAGCGAAAUUUAUGUACAUAUGUUGACUUUUUCCCCCCAUUAUUAUUAAGAUAUAUGAUCACCUAUAUCUCAGCCAGUGUGUUCGGCAUUGUGAGAUGUGUUUUAAGUUAUCUUUUAUUGACCUUUUUGUUAUUAAUGGCAGUCAAUGCUUGUGUAUUUUGUUAUUAUGUAAAUACAGUUAUGUUAUUAUGUAUAUACAGUUAGUUCAAUAAUUGUGAUACGAUGUUGUACAUUCCUUUAUCUUAAAAUCUUAAUGUUCAUAUCUACAGUACAGUAUACAGAUAAAUGGUAUUGAUUAUUAAAUUAUAAAUAUCUAUCUAGGAAUUAAAUUCAUGUGUCCUUGACCCUUUUUAUUUGCUUACCAGUAAUGUAAUUUAAUCGAAGAUGAGUUUUCUAGCAUUGAUUUGAAAGUGAAUGAUGCAUUGAUAUUAGGAUAUUACUUUUGUACCAUAUCUUAAGAACUAUUUUGGACGUUUUUUUUAUUAAAUAUCAACUAUGUACAUUGUACAUGUAUAGUCCUGUUUUCACAUAUCAUUUGUCAAGUUGUAGUGCUCUUGAGUGGAAUUUCACUAUUUGUUUAAAUUCCCUGCUGUAUUUUAUGAUCGUGUGUGUAAAAUUAAGACCAGUUAUCUUGAUGAAGUUAAAACUGAGUUUUGUCAGCCUAAAUGGUGUUGGUGUUGUAUAAUUGGCAGAUUCUACUCGGCUUUUAAUGGUGAUAGGGAUAUAUAUACUGUUGCCAACUUUGUUCAGUUUACUUGUAAAUAAUUGUUUUUGUUCAGAACAGAUUAAGUUCAUUGCUUUUGACAUGUUACAAGUUAUGGCGUAAUUUUUAGUACCAUCAUGAAUUAUUGGUGUUCUGUGUGUGUGCAUAUGCAAAAUAAUAGUGAUUCUUUUAGUUGGUUGUUUAAUAUUGUAGAAUUAUGCUGCUAAUUGAUGCAUAACAUCAGAAAUAGGCUAACCAUGCCAAAUUAUGUUUCUAUUAGUACAGAUACAGUAGCAGACAAGAGUACAUGUAGAUCUAGUUUAAGAUGAGAACAGAUUUACUGGUACCAUAUAAUUAUUAUUAUCUGAUACCUGUUUGUUUUACUUGCAUGGUAAAACAGGGAAACUUUUAUUGUUAUUAAAUUACAAUGUUGUGAUGGGUAUAUUAUGUUAUUAUAGGCUCAAUUUACAAACAAAUGUUUCCUAGAUUAAUGGUUAGUGAUUAUGUAUCCUCACUCUACCAAAAUAAAUGUAUUAUUUUAUAAUAUAUACCUUCUAGUUUCAAAAACAGAAAUAUUUAUUUUAGAUUUUCCAUUUAAAAUUCAUUUUUUUAUUUACUUUGUUGAUAUAUUAAGUUUAUUUUUUCUUUGAUAAUCUUUUUCUAGAUUUAGAAAAAAUUUUCUUACAAUAAUAAUAAAUUAAUAAUAUAAUAAUUAUAAUAUAAGAUCAUAUGAGUAUUAGAUUACUAUCUUAGCCAGUGACCUGAGAAACAUUGUUUAUUGUUUUAUUAGCCUUAUUUAUUUUAACGGCCAUAUUGCAAAUAAAUUGUAUUUGAAAUGAUGGUGGCAAUGUCAUUAAUGACAAAUAAAAGAUCUAUUUAUUUA